CACAGAAAUCGCUACAGCUGUGCAGUUCUGUUGACUUAGACGCAGUAGAGUAUGUAAAAACUGUGUAUCUAAACAAAGCGGCAAUCUUACAGAUGUGUCUGUACUCGCUAACUAACGAUAGACAAUCAUAACGAGAAACAUUUGCUGCAGAGUAACACUAAACGACUCAGCAGUCCCUAUCCGUCUGACGCUGGACUGCGCAAUUUUUUGUGCUGCUGCAAAAACAGGAUUAAUAAUAGUACAGUAAAGGCUACUGGAAGCGGUAACUAUCGUUUAGCACAGUAAACCAGGAACUUAUUUAUUUUCAACAAAAGUGAAUGAAAGGCAAUUAAAUACGCAGCUACAAAUGAUCAUCGGGUUCUUCUCUGCUUUAAGGGUACCAAAGAUUAACCACAUGUCCAUAACCAAUUCGAUUUUUUAUUUUUAUUUUUUUAUACUAAAAUCAAGAUGUGUGUUUAGUUAUCCGGAAGUCCACCAUUCUAUAGAUGCAUCUCUUUGAGUUAGCACGCUUUUUCUUCUUUUUUUUCAUACUGUAAGUAAAAUGUGGAGGUCUUGUAAUAGAUGUUAUAGCUUUUAGUAGUGUUGAGUUUUGUUUGUAUGUUGAAUAGAAUGAGAUAUGAGCUGUCUAUGGUGUAAGGGCAAAACCAGUAGGACAAGACAUGGGACUGCAAGAAGUGAAUUAUUGUGUAAUUUCUGGUUGGGGCAGGUUUUUGCAUAGGUUUCAGGCCAACAAUAGCCCAUACAUAUGGGCCUAUUAUAUACCUAUAUAGACUGAGAUUGUAUUUAUGUAUAACUGUUAUUUCUCCUGAUUUACACCUCAUUUAUGUGGGAGGAGUUUCUUGCAGUUGAAAACAUGGUUCGGAACUUUAAGAGAAAAACUGAGAAAGGUACAACACCAACUGUGAUGGUAUGCACAGAGCUGCAUGAGAAACCUCAGAACACAUACGUCAGAAGCAACAUCAACUAUUGAACUCUAACCCAGUAUUGUCAAAAGAUGAAUCCUGAAGAAAUAGAAGGCAAUAAUGAUCAGCCAUCAAUUCCAGUUGGAUAUGUUUGUUCCAGUACUGACCCUUGACUUGGAGUGAUGGGACGGAUUUUCCUGGACCACAUCGGCGGGACACGCCUGUUCUCCUGUGCGAACUGUGAUACCAUCCUGACGAACCGAUCAGAGCUGAUCUCCACGCGCUUCACCGGGGCCACGGGCAGAGCCUUCCUCUUCAACAAGGUGGUGAAUCUGCAGUACAGUGAGGUGCAGGAUCGAGUCAUGCUCACAGGGAGACACAUGGUGCGGGACGUCAGCUGCAAGAACUGCAACAGCAAGCUGGGCUGGAUAUAUGAGUUUGCGACGGAAGACAGCCAGCGCUACAAGGAGGGGCGUGUGAUCCUGGAGAGGGCACUAGUGAGGGAGAGCGAGGGAUUUGAAGAGCAUGUUCCUUCUGACAGUUCCUGAGGGGCCUUUCCUACAUACACACCCCUCAGUGGGGGAAAAAGCCAGCCAGAAACACACAAUCCAACAAAAACAACAAGCAAGCAAGCAAUGCUGUCUCUGUUCAUACUGUGGUCUAUAACCUUUCCAUCAGAGUUGAGAAAGAGAUCACUCACCAACAGCAAUCACUCUGUUUAUAUGCUGUACACUGUCACCUUAAUGCCCAGUCUGCUGCCUUGUGCUUCUACCAUAGUAAGACGAAAGAAGUAACUCGAGGAGCACAGAUCUUUAAAAUGAGUUAGCCAAGUCCCCUCUCAUAUAAAACAUUGAGAUCAGGGAGUUGUUGCUUAGACCAAUACGGCACGGCCACAUUUGUUGAACUUGUCCUGGGUUUUACUGGGUUGACUAAUUGGGGUGGGUGGGAGUUCAAUUCAGUUCAGUGUAAUGCAGCACAAUGCAGAGUUGCACCCGUCACAAUCUGUGAAAAACGUGACAACCAUCGUUUUUAAAGAUUGUGCUCUUCGAUUUGAAAACCGCUGUAAUGUUGUAAAAAAAGUUAUAUACAGAAUUAGACUUGUUCAUUUAUUUUGUUUGUGAUUGUACAAAACUAAAAUCAGCUGCAAGUGAAGAGAUAGCAAUGCUAAUAGUAAUAAUAUUUUAUUAUUAGUGAUAUUUUUCUAUUUGCUAAGAUUUUCAUCCUUUUGGCAUACCGAAAAUUAAGAUUUCAAGAAAGUUACAAUGGGGAUGGUGGGGAGUGAAAAGGGUUUGGUUUUGUGUGAUUAAAAAAAAAAAAAAAAAAAAAGACACUGAGGAACAACAGAUUAGUUUCUUCCUGUCUUUCCCUGUUGCUAUUUAUUUAUAUUUUUUAUUUUGUAUUUCUAUUUUCUUUGCACAAACAUUCACACAUACCAAGCAUCUACUCAAGCUAACACCCAGUGGAUAUUUGUCUGUCUGUCAGUCAGUCUCUCUGUUUAACUAUCUUAUCUAUUUAGAUGCAGAGGUCUUGUUUGUAUUGCCUGAUUGCUCAAGGUUCAGUGCUGUUGUGACUUCUGCUGGCCCCGCUUGUGCCAUUUCCAUGCAAGAGGGGGGUGGGGUGGUUGUGCCCUUUUAUUAUCUACAGGCCAUAGAACCAGCCCCCCACACACCCCUCUCAGAACAGCGUGACCUGCAUCUUCGUGUAUGGGUGGAAUGGAAACAAUUGUUAUCCUUUAUUUUCUUUUGGGUGGGGGAGGAUGAAAAAAGAUAACUAAUAACUUGAAAGCAAGAAAGAGUUUUUCUCAUUUUCUGUUUCUUCUGUAGUGCUGAUUUACCAAUAAAGUGAUUUGGUCUUGCUGAAA